CACACUCCCACCUCCACACCUUCAGACGGAGUUUCCUGAGAGGGCAGCCAGGCUGUGGCUGGACCAGGAUCCCCAUGGAGACGACCCCUAGCCAGAGGACAGAGUCCCCUCUAGGGGUGACACCUGGGAGCUCAGAGCCUGGGAAGCAGGACCUGGCAGAGGCAGAGCAGGAACUCAGAUGGAUAGAGCUGGGCUCUGAGGGGGCCCUGGGAGCCGGGGCAGAGGGCCCAGGUGUCCCAAAGGCCUGGGGUCGCCUGCUGCAGGCCGUGUGGAGGGGUCACCUAGGCCUCACGACACAGCUGCUGCGGCAAGGGGCCAGUGUGGAGGAGAGGUUAUGGAGGUGCUGCUUGACCACCGGGCAGACCCAAGCCUCAAGGACAGGCACAGACGCUCUGCACUCCAUAGGGCUGCCUCUGGUGGACACCUGCCUGCUGUCCAGUUACUGGCAUCCUCCGGAGCUGAGGUGGAUGCUCGAGACUCACUGGACCUCACACCCCUGCACCACGCAGCUCGAGGAGGCCAUGUGGAAGUCGCCAGCCACCUACUGGACAGGGGUGCACAGGUCAACGCUACUGGCUGGCUCCAUAAGACGCCCCUGCACCUCGCUGUGGAGCGUGGCCACAGCCCCGCCGCAGAGCUUUUGCUGAGCCGAGGAGCCAAUCCUGCCCUGAGAACGCAGUGGGGAGAGGUGGCCCAGGACCUGGUGUCUGAGGGGGGCCUGUCCCA